CGCCCCCACCUCUACUGCCGAUACUGGGACCCGGUGUCUGUCUGUCUGCCUGUCUGUCUGCAGCAACAACCACACUGACACACCUGCGGAAAGACGGGGCGAGGAUAAACAGACAGCACAGCCCCAUUAGGCUGAUGUUUCUACCUUAAACAACUGGGUGGGGAUCAGAACAGGAAGUGUUUGUAAAGUACAGCAGUCGCUUGCUAUCAGCUAAGUUAGCGUUCAAUGUUUGUACCAUCACAAAACAGUGAGCAGCUGACUAACGCGAAGUGUUUCUAGUGAUGGCUCUGGUUUUGCAAAUAUUUUGUUUGCCGCUCCGAUGAAGUUAGUUCAGCGUGAAGGAAUUUAAAAGCCACUUGUUUCGCGUCAGUUCCGUGUGAUGCUAAUGCUAGUUAAUGCUAGUUACCGUGCUAACCAGUACGUCUCAUAAUUUAAAGCCACUAAUCUAGCUAACGUUAACAGCUAGCCUAAAGUUAGCGUUGUAGUUCCCUACUCUUCUAAAAAAUUUGCUGUUUUGUUCAUUGUGCUGUGAAUCAGGCCAAGUUGGGUCAUAUUUAACCUAGGUUAACUGUCCAGAUUAAAAACUGACAGGAAACGUGAAGUUAAUCGAUUGUUAGUCCAGAUAGCAUCUAGCUAGAGCUGAUCACACACAUUACUUUGCCUCUACGUGGAGAGGGCUUAAGAUCAGUAGAUUAGCAUUUGUAUCUCGGUUAAAAAGUGUCACCAGCUCAUAGUUUGUCCACAAGUGAGUAUGGCUCCUAAAAAGAGACCAGUGCCCUUAACCAUUGCUCCUCCUGGCGAUGGGUUAUCCACCUCCACCAACUCCGAUGUGGCUUCUGAGGCCAAUUUAGAAGCACUUAAGAAAAUAUUGGAAGAGUUGGACCUGGAUGAACAACAGAAGAAAAGGUUAGAAGCUUUCCUUACCCAGAAGGCCAAGGUUGGCGAGAUGAGAGAUGAUGACUUCCAUCGCAUCUGUGAGCUGGGCGCUGGCAAUGGAGGAGUGGUCAAUAAGGAAUGCCACAAACCUUCAGGAAUAAUCAUGGCCAGAAAGCUCAUUCAUCUUGAAAUCAAACCGGCUAUCAGAAACCAGAUUAUCCGAGAGCUUCAGGUGCUACAUGAGUGUAACUCUCCUUACAUUGUGGGCUUCUAUGGAGCAUUUUACAGCGAUGGAGAGAUCAGCAUCUGUAUGGAAAACAUGGAUGGUGGAUCUCUAGAUCAGGUGCUGAAGGAAGCAAAGAGGAUUCCUGAAGAGAUUCUGGGCAAAGUCAGCAUUGCUGUUUUGAGGGGGCUUGCCUACCUAAGAGAAAAACACCAAAUCAUGCAUAGAGAUGUGAAGCCUUCAAACAUACUGGUGAACUCGCGUGGGGAGAUCAAGCUGUGUGACUUUGGUGUAAGCGGGCAGCUCAUAGACUCUAUGGCCAAUUCCUUUGUUGGGACAAGAUCCUAUAUGUCGCCUGAGAGGUUGCAGGGAACGCACUAUUCCGUGCAGUCAGAUGUGUGGAGUAUGGGGUUGUCCCUUGUAGAGAUGUCAAUUGGACGCUUCCCCAUCCCUCCUCCCGAUGCUAAAGAACUGGAGGCAAUAUUUGGACGUCCCAUCUUGGAUGGCAGUGAGAGAGACACACACAGCACUUCACCAAGACCCAGACCACCAGGCAGACCUGUCAGCGGUCAUGGUCCUGCAAUGGCAAUCUUUGAACUACUAGACUACAUAGUAAAUGAGCCCCCUCCCAAACUACCACAUGGCGUCUUCACCUCUGAUUUCCAAGACUUUGUGACGAAGUGUCUCAUCAAAAAUCCAGCAGACAGGGCUGACUUGAAAAUGUUGACGAACCAUACAUUUAUCAAGCGGUCUGAGGCAGAGGAGGUAGACUUUGCUGGCUGGCUUUGUAAAACGAUCGGGCUGAACCAACCUAGAACUCCCACUCGCACUGCAGACUGAACACACACACACACACACACACACACACACACACACACAUAGUAUGUACAUGUAAAAACAUGGAGAAGCUGCUGCCUAUACAUACACACCUUGUUUGCCACAUCCUCCCUCAGGUGAACCUCUGAAGUCUCCAUCUAUGUAAGCCAAUUGAUAUCACGCUAGGAAAGAGACUGUAUCUACAGUUAACACCUUUUUGUGGAUAUUCAGUAUACAGGGAUUCAAUUAUCCAUAAACAUUCCCUCUUAAAUCAAUGACAACAUCAUUUCUCUGAAUGUUUAUUGGCAACACAGAGAACAUUGGUCAUCACUAAUUUGUUAGGUUCAAUUCAGGAUUUCUUAUUUGGAGACUAAGAAACCUCUAGUUGUUCUAUUUGGAAUCCUAUUAUAAAUGAUAUCCUUUGCAUUUGAAUUUAUCACAGGUAUUACAACCAUGCCUAGUGUUCAGCACUGCUGCACUAUUUUACCUUGUUUGACCAAUAAACGCCAUUAGGCUUUUGUUCAGCCUCCUCCACCAUCCUAUAUUCAUACAUACUGUUCAUACUGUAUAAAAACUGGAAAAGAUAUCCCUUAUAAGCACAUUAAAAUGCAUAUAAUAGCUGUGUAAUUUUGUAACAUGUCUUUUUCAAUUCUGCAUUUCAGUUUUCUUUUCCUCCUUUUCCUCAGAAGUGUUCUGGGGCGUAAAGCACGAGUGUGUCAAUCCCAGUUAUUACAAUCACUGUUAAGCAUCUGUACAUGUGUACAGGCAGAUACAUAUAUGCAUUUGGUUGUAUAUGUGUUAUGCAAGCACAUUGAGAAAUGUUAGAAUACGUUUAUUUUAUUAAACAGGUCGGGUUAUGUGUGUCUGUGUUAGCAAGAGAUGAUUGAGUCUAGGAUGGUUUUUUUGUAUUUGUUGACGUGAUUGAUUUCUACAAAUUUUGAGAUAUCUUGAGGUGAAGCACAAUGUUUAAAACAUUUCAGCAUGACCCUCAUGUCAAGGCCAAAAAUAAAAAAAAGUUGCAACCUUAAA